GUUGUCUUUGUUAGCUGGUGUAAAAGCUUCUGGGACUGUGGACUUGUGGCACUGGAUGAUGUAUCACUGAGCCUGGGAAGCUGCCAGGCUGCUGAUCUAUUGUUGCCCAAUCCUGGAGAGUGUACCUUUGAAAAAGAUGAGUGUGUAUUUACCCAGAAGGAGAGAGGUCGUGGGAGCUGGCACAGGAGGAGGGGUCCUACUCCCACUUCUUACACCGGACCAAAAGGAGACCACACUACUGGGGUAGGAUACUACAUGUAUACAGAGGCUUCUGAUAUGGUCUACGGACAGAGAGCAUACCUAGUUUCAAGAUCACUAAGAGGAACCUCUGGAAAACAGUGCUUGACAUUUUUCUAUCACAUGUAUGGAGCUGGGACUGGAUUAUUAAGUGUUUAUCUGAAAAAGGAAGGUGAUGAUGAAGAGAUCCCUUUGUGGAGGAGGACAGGGGAGCAAAGCAUCUCAUGGCUAAGGGGACUGAUAGAAUAUGAAAGUAAUAAAAACUACCAG